AUGCUCGCUUCUCUAGCUCGAAGCCUCGGAGUAUUCAAGGCAAGAGGCAAAUACGAGAGUCAACUGGAGAUCCACAAAAGCCCGGACAUAAAAGAAAGGAUCAUUUCAAAAAACAUUGAGGGUGAGAAGUAUAAUCGUCUGAGAGAAAUCGUACUCAAGUUUGAGCCGUUUCUUCUCAAAUCUUGGAAACGAUUGGGUGUAAGCGCAAAGCAAGCAGAAGAGAUUUUAGACGUGAACCUCAGCCGUCUUUAUUUCCUGGAAAACCCGAACUUACCGUUGUACAUCAAGUUCCUCACCAUGACACCCCGCUACGAACAUCUCAAUCCAUACGAAACUUUGCUUUUAGACAUGAAGAAACAGGGCCUGCUUGAAGAUGAAAUUGUUUUGACUUUGGGUGGAUGCUGGUGCAAUGACCAAACCCAAUUCUAUCCCACGAAAGUUAUUGGAUAG